CAUUUAGGCAUGGCGGUAGUCGGAGGUUCUCGGGUUCGAGUCCUGCGGCUCCUUUUUGGUUACAGUUCCCGUGCUUGGUCAGCCGCGGCAGCGACGCAAACGGGUCCUCGAGGACUGGUCUAUGAGAAGCAUGGAGAGCCGGCUCAGGUCCUACACCUAAAAAAUGUAGCUUUAGACAAACUCGGGGAUUCUGGAGUCCAUGUGAAAAUGGUUGCAGCUCCCAUCAAUCCAGCAGACAUCAAUAUGAUUCAAGGAUCCUAUGGCAUCGUUGCUGACUUACCAGCAGUUGGAGGGAACGAAGGAGUUGGGCAAGUGAUGGACACAGGAAAUUCUGUGACGACUUUGAAACCCGGAGACUGGGUGAUUCCAGCCGAUGGAGGACUUGGAACUUGGCGAACAGAAGCAGUAUUCGAUGAGAAAACUCUGUUGAAAAUCCCACCGGAUAUUCCGUUGACUUGUGCUGCCACAUUGGGUGUUAACCCCUGCACAGCUUAUCGGAUGUUGUCUGAUUUUGAGACUUUAGAACCAGGGAAAUCUGUCAUCCAAAAUGCAGCCAAUAGUGGAGUGGGACAGGCUGUAAUCCAGAUUGCAGCAGCCAAGGGCAUCAAAACAAUAAAUGUAAUAAGAGAUAGACCAAAUCUCCAGGAUCUUGUAGACAGGCUUAAGUCCCUUGGAGCAGACUUUGUGAUCACAGAGGAGACGCUAAGAAAACCAGAAAUGAAAGAGUUGUUUAAGGAAAUUCCUAUGCCCUCAUUGGCUCUGAAUGGUGUUGGGGGGAAAAGUGCUACUGAGCUGAUGCGUCACUUGAGGCAUAGUGGGACCGUGGUUACCUACGGUGGGAUGUCAAAACAGCCUGUGACCGUCCCAGUGAGUGCACUGAUCUUUAAGAAUGUCAACGUUCGUGGCUUUUGGAUGACCCAGUGGAAGAGGGACAAUGCCCACAGCAAAGAGAAGCUGGAAACAAUGAUAGCCGAGCUGUGCACUCUCGUUCGAAAGGGUCAACUAAUUGCUCCAGCCUGCCGGGAAGUCCCUUUGGUAGAUUACCAAGCAGCUUUGAAGGUUUCCCAGGAACCCUAUGUCUCCGUUAAGCAGAUCCUGCGGAUGUGAAGAUGGUCCGAUGGGAAAAUAACAGACAAUAUUUUCCGUGGAUUUCAAUCCCAGGAAGCUUGAGUGAUUCAGAAUUACAGAACCGAUUUAUAUCCUCACGUCCAUCUUCCAGCUCAACAGGGACAGGCAGAGGAAUGGGGAGAAAACAGUGAAAGAUUAACAUAGACCGGAGAUUACUAUCCAGUAUCAGUGAUGGCAUGGGGAGCUAAAGCAAUUAUAGUUUCUACCCAACCUGGGAAUUCCUUGUAGACUUUCUAGCUUUCUCUCUCUCUCUCUUUUUAUAUUAUUAUUAAAUUUAUCUGUCGUCCAUCAGGUGAUGAUAGAAAUCUGGAGAAAAAAGAGACAUUUCAGCCCAUGGAGGAACGGUUCUUAUCGUGGAGAUUCUCCCAUUAUACUGAUGUAUGUGUCCACACUCAGAAUAUUUAUUAUUGUACAAUGUGGUAAGAAUUCCUCAAGAGCGGAAUGAGAUGGAGCAGAGGCUGGUCCCACUGGAGUUACAGACUUCCUAUAAAUCUAUUUCAGAUUCUGCAAGUUAUAAUGCAUUAGGUAGUGUUGAUCGUCCCAUUGGGCAUAUUCAACAAAAGAAAUUCUGGCUCUUUAAAUCAGGAGGGUCAAAUGCAAGGCCCACAGGCCAGAUUCAGCCCAUGGGGUGCUUAGACCGCCUUGGAAACAGUGAAGGAGCAUCCCGCGGUGUCUCUGCCAGUGAAAAUGGAACUCAGAAGAGCCAUGUGCAGCCCCUUUCAACUCCAUUUUCGCUGGCAGGGGGUUGUAGGAUGUCCCAGCUGAAAAUGGGGCCAUGCCCACCCCAGGCACCCUAGCCACGCCCACCCAGCGCCCCGACGUCAAACACAACCCUGAUGCGAUCCUCAAAGAAAUAAAAUUUGACACCACCACUUGAGAUUAACCAAGAGUGUAGCUUUAUUGACAAAUCCAUCUAGGCACAGCAGAAGCAAAGUCAGUUCUGGGAUUUUCCCAUGAAAACCCACAUCUAGAUAACCCUCCUUUUCCCUACCGGGCCACUCACAGUUCAGAAUUCACCAACUGAGUUCAAUUCUUUUGCUUUGGGAAAAGCUGUCUGCUUCCCUCAAAACAUUCUUCAUCACUUGGCCUUGCAGACGACAUCUCUCCAGCAACAAAUGGUUCACUUGCAUUCCAAAGCCUCCUUCCACUCUUAGGAAUUCACCACCCACCUCCCGUCCCAGUUUGGCA